GUACCAUUCUACAAUGUGAUAGAUUCAAAAGCUCUAGACCAAAACCAACACCGCCACCACAAAGGAAAGAGUGCAAAGGAACACUCCUUGGUAACGAAUAUACCGGAACAAUUUCAUAUACCCACUCUGGUAUACCUUGUCAACGCUGGGACAGCCAGACGCCCCAGCCUCAUCCUCCCUAUGACGACACGUUCUUCCCUGACGGUACUGUUUAUGAUGCAAGCAACUUCUGUCGAAAUCCAACCAAUCACAUUACAGGACCCUGGUGUUUUACAACUGAUCCUUACGUUAGAUGGCAGCAGUGUAGCAUUCCAUAUUGUGAAUGUAAAACUGACCCCCUUGGCCUAACUUACAAGGGGCAAAGGUCGUAUACCGUGGGAGGUAAA